UUUUUUUUCUUUUCAGAUGGUCUCAGUCAUGUUGAGGAAGUGAUUAGCCUAGUUUUCAACCGCAUUGGGCUACUCAGACGUAGUGGCGCGAUCGCUUGGAUUUAUGAGGAACUUCGAAAAAUAGACGAAAUCAAUUUUCGCUUUAUGGAGAAAGUCGAUCCAGUAGAUGCGGCUCAAACAUAUUCUUCUGAUUUGCAGCGUAUUCCUUUCCGAGACAUUCUGUCGUGGAAUCUUCUUUGGACGGAAUACAAACCUGAUCGAAUUAUGGAAAUCAUCGAGAUGUUGUCUCCGAAGAACAUGUUCUACAUUGUAGCUGCCAAGCAGUACAGUGGUCAGGAGGGCAAUAUUCAUGAACCAAUCUAUGGAACAGAAAUGCGAAUCACAGAUAUAGAUGAG